CACAUUCAACAGGAGGAACCCGCGGGAGCGGAGCCCCGAGAGCCCGCACCGCAGCCGCCGCAGCCCGUGCGCCCCGCGUCCCCGCGCGCCAUGGCCAAGGAAGGCGUGGAGAAGGCGGAGGAGACCGAGCAAAUGAUCGAGAAGGAGACAAGCAAGGAGUUGGCUGAGGGCGGCGGCGGCGGCGCCUCGCACCGCCUCGGGGACGCCCAAGAGAUGCGCACCGUGGUGCUGGCCGGCUUCGGGGGGCUCAACAAGCUGCGGGUCACCAGGAAGGCCAUGCCCGAGCCUCAGGACGGCGAGCUCAAGAUCCGCGUCAAAGCCUGUGGUUUAAACUUCCUUGACUUGAUGGUGCGACAAGGGAAUAUCGACAACCCUCCCAAGACUCCACUGGUGCCAGGAUUUGAGUGUUCUGGGAUUGUUGAAGCUCUGGGGGACAGCGUGAAAGGAUACGAGAUUGGGGACCGUGUUAUGGCAUUUGUCAAUUACAACGCCUGGGCAGAGGUGGUCUGCACACCUGUGGAGUUUGUCUACAAGAUCCCAGAUGACAUGAGCUUCUCUGAGGCUGCUGCAUUCCCCAUGAACUUCGUCACAGCCUACAUGAUGCUCUUUGAAGUUGCCAACCUCCGGGAAGGGAUGUCUGUGCUCGUGCAUUCAGCUGGUGGUGGCGUGGGCCAAGCUGUGGCUCAGCUGUGUUCCACCAUCCCCAAUGUGACUGUCUUUGGAACAGCUUCUACUUUCAAACAUGAAGCAAUCAAAGACUCCAUGACCCACCUGUUUGACAGAAAUGCAGACUAUGUGCAAGAAGUAAAAAGAAUCUGCGCUGAAGGUGUGGACAUCGUUUUGGAUUGCCUCUGUGGAGACAACACUGGGAAAGGUCUCAGCCUUCUCAAACCACUGGGAACCUACAUUUUGUAUGGUUCUUCCAACAUGGUGACUGGGGAGACCAAGAGCUUCUUUAGCUUUGCAAAAUCAUGGUGGCAGGUCGAAAAAGUGAAUCCCAUCAAGCUGUAUGAAGAGAACAAAGUCAUCGCGGGGUUUUCCCUUUUAAACCUGCUCUUCAAACAGGGCCGCGCAGGCCUCAUUCGAAGAGUGGUAGACAAACUCAUAGGGCUCUACAACCAGAAGAAGAUUAAGCCGGUGGUUGACUCCUUGUGGGCCCUGGAGGAGGUGAAGGAGGCCAUGCAGCGGAUCCAUGACCGAGGGAACAUCGGCAAGUUGAUUCUGGAUGUAGAAAAGACCCCUACUCCACUGAUGGCCAACGACAGCACGGAGACCAGUGAGGCAGGAGAAGAGGAGGAGGACCACGAGGGCGACAGCGAGAACAAGGAACGGAUGCCCUUUAUCCAGUAACCCAGGACCCAGCAGAAGAACAUGAAGGAUGGUUUGGAAGAAGAGGACCAGGCUGAGAAAGCUCUUCUGUGCCCCAGUGAACAAAUGCUGUAGUCCAGUGCGUGUUGUGUUUGUCUGCAGUCAGCUGAGCUAAAAAAGCCGUUGAUCACUGUUGUUUUUUGGAUUUAAGUGCCAAUCCCACUCCAUGCAGUAUUAUGUCCCUCUCCCAAUUGUGAGUUACACUCUCCCUUCUCCCCUAUAUCAAAACCAUCCUUCUUUGGGUCCUUCUUGACAGUUCUAGAACAGCCUUGCAAAUUAAUACAAGCCCCCGGGCCCAAUGCCUAAGAGACCAGACAUGGGCAAAGACAAGUUUGGUUUGAAAGGCAUAAUCACAUUGCAAUGUCCUGGUCUUGGAAUUCCUCAGGCUGAUGAUACUUUUUUCUGCCAGCCAGCCAUGCUUCUGACAAGACUACUUGCCAGUUUGGCCAGCAGAAAGAGGGUAGGCUAAGACAUUGUCAUAAGCCCAUAAAUUUAGAACCUCUCCAAAAAAGCAGUUUCCCUCUCUCCAUUUAAGAGGCAACUUCCUUAUAUUCAUUUAGUUAUUCCACUGUCAAAAGCUUCAAGCCACUCUCCUCUAACUCUCUGGUUUUUGAUUCUUUCACUGGUUUUCAUCAAUAAACACAGGCAGACAGGUGUGGAUUUUUCAGGAUAGAAGAUGGGUCAACAGUAUGAAUUUGAGGAACAACCACAGGGAAUUCUCUGCUGAAACCACAUCUUAUGAGCAAAAUCCAUAUACAUUUUAUUUUAAUUUUAAGAAAACUCACCAUGUGUGGGACUAAUUCAGAAGUCAUUACUGAGACUUGACACUUUGCCCACUUGCCACUGGCCCGACCAGUUCUGCUCUUUGCAAACCCUGGCAGUAGCAGGCACGGUUAGCAUGGAUCCCCCUAGGAAGAGCUCCCUUGUACACCAGAGUUGGAAAAAUCAACAGAUGUCUUUUUUCUUGCCAAAGCUUGUUCCAACAUGCAGCAAACUCUAGUGAUAUGAUACAAAAGGCUAAUGCUCAAAAUCUGAUACCAAAUGUGCGGUUCCUUCCCUCUGAUACAUAAAACUGUGAUGCAGACCCUCUCUAGAGCCCCUGCUUUUUGGAAAUCAGGGACUGAACUAGCUGAUUGCACACCUUUGUUCGAUUUUCCAGCUCCUAAAUCCCUGAGACUCCCCCACCCCAUCCCCAAUCCACCACCACCACGCCCUCCCCCGCUUUGGCUGUGCUUGAGAGGUAGACACAGUUACCCUCAGUGUCUCCAAAAACAGCCUCCUCGGUCCCUCCUCUCAGCCCUUUGGGCCAACAGGUUUAACUCCAUCACUGACAAGCCAAGGUGGAGACACAGGAAGACCAGGUGUUAAACCCCAGCUCACUUUCCAUUCUGGAAGACAUCAGAGGUUUCCCACAUUGCCUGAUUUCUCCACCAAUGAGCCUUAGGCCAGACCCAACUCUUUCCCCCAAGUGAUGGAAAUCAAUACAUUUCAGCAAUUACUUGUUUUAUUUCCAGAGUCCUUUUGUAACAAAUGUUGCCUCAUUAACCGUGUUCUUUUCCCUAUCCUAAGCUCGUGGUGAUGACUUAUUUAUGCCAAAUGUUUAUCUGAAGGAAGUUUCUCCUCCUUGUGAAUGUUCAUGUAAAAUAUGAAGAAAAGAAAGGUGCUGCCUCUACUGCCCAGUGGGAUGAGAGUAUUUCAAAAGAGGACACCAAGUCAUCUUCUCUUCCUACCACAGGACUGUGCCAUUUAGAGAGAGAGUGUCAAAGUUUUAUCCCCCAAAACUUUUGUUAGAUGCUGUGUUAUUGUUCCUGCUUCGUCGGUAACCAUGCUGAAAAUGAGUCUGAGAGGAACCUAAGGAGAACCGGGCCCCAGUGACAUCCCUGGGGGGCAGAAAUGCCAUUUUCUAGGGCUGGGGGAGCAAAGCCCCCGGGUGGCCCCAGGGCCCUCCCCUACCAAGGAGAGGGACUUGGCUGCAUCAGACUCCAGAUGGCCUUUGUUACUUCUAGAGCAGAAGCAGGAAAAGCCGUUCCUUCUCAAGUCUGUUUUUUUCAUUUGUUUUUAAUUGGCAAGGUUAGUACAGUAAUCCGAAUUAUGCCAUCUGUUUAAAGAAAUCCCUUUCCUCUCCUCAAAAUACAGAAUGAAAAGAGAUAACUAGAGUUUGACCAAUAAGAUCAAUUGAUACCAUGAAGAAGGGUGUGGGGGAACUAUAUUAACUGUUUAUUGUACCCUCACUUUCCGUACCUUCUUCCCAUCAGGAUUGUUUAUCUGAAGGAAGUGUGAAGAACAUCUCAGUUUGCCUUAAAGGAACUGUGAAGGCUUCUCUGUAAUUUAAGCUCGAUUGGCGUGAACUGAAACAUUGUCAAAUGUAUUUGUGGCUUUAGAGCUUUUGUUAUAUUGUGCCUACAAAGCAAAUUAUGUUUACAUGAAACAUAAAUAAAGUAUUCAGCAUAGCAUAA